AUGGAGAAAGUAAUUUUGCUCUCAAGCACUUUGAUGGUUUUCCUCAUCUCCAGCUGUUGCGCUGAGGAAGAGUUUAUAGUCUGCUCUAAUUACCAGAAAGCAUUUGAAGGAGCUUGCUAUGAGUUUGUGGGUCUGCAGUUUUCCUUCCUCAGAGCUGAAGCGUGGUGUGAGAGAGGUGGGGGACACCUGGUUUUUAUCUUGAAUGAUGAAACACAGCAGUUCCUUCAAACAUACCUGGAGCCUGAUAAGGACUGGUGGCUUGGGCUGGCACCUGCAGCGCCAAACCUCACUCAGGAUUCCUCUCCCACUGAAGGUUCUCUUGCAUGGUUGGACAGUUCAGAUGUCAGCUACAGUAACUGGGUAAACCCACCUGAUGUCCAAGCAGCUUGUGGACACAUUCUGGGACACACAGGCUUCCAGUGGACGGCCACAGAAAACUGCACCCAGGAACUCAACUUUGUCUGCCAGUUUGCUCAUUGUCGUGGACUGCAGGCCUGCCAGGUUCCAUUGGAUCUGAACUCCUUCACUGAACCCUGCCCAGUGUUGGGAAGUUAUCUAUCGGUGGAGUACCACUGCAAAGACGGACUUUCCUUGCAGAUCACUAAACUGGCUUCUGUUGUCGAUAAUGUUUCCAUCACUGUAAAAUGGCUCCUUCAUCCCUUUCAUGGAAACUUAACUUGCACCGUGGAUACUGGAGAUGGCCACAUCAUUGAUCCAUAUAAUCCAGAAGAGAUGGAGUCUGCAAUCAUACACAGAUUUCGCAAGCCUGGUGUUUUCAUAGUUGAGGUUGAAUGCAGCACCAGUGACUGGCACGUCACUGCUCAGAAAACUAUAAUAAUCCAGGAGCCUGUUGGUGAGUUGAGAGUGGUGAAUUGUUAUGGCAACAAUGUGACAACAGAUGGCACCAAAUGCAACACCUUCGAUGGGGGGCCUGUUCAGAUACAACUUGGACUGGAAACAGUGUCCACUGACCUGCUGCUGUGCCUCCUGGAACCUGUUGUCGGCCUGCAGGCCCAUAUAAUGACAGAAGAGGAUGAAUGUCCAGACUCUCCCGAUCUCGCCAUUGCUGUCUCAUUGAAGCAAGGGUCCCCAGUGGAGCUUUAUUUUAACUUCAGUGGGUUAAGAGACAUGCUGACUGAAACCAGAAACAUGAUUAAUAAUAGCCUGCAUACUUACGUGUUCUCCCACCCACUGGAAGGCAAGAAGGUCCCUGGGUUUAUCAAAUACAGUAUUCCAAUCCCAGCUGCACCUGCUGUACCUACAUGCAGCAUCUCUCCACAGUCAGGAAAUGUGCUUGAUGCUUUUGAAAUUACCUGUGAGUUGACGUCUUUCUGCUCCACAGGCUGUCUUUAUUGCCUCAAGACCGACACAGGCAAACAUCUCCGUUGCAGUAAUACAAAUGUAGUGAAAUCAAUCUUCCUGCCUUUGGGAGAUGAGAAGAACAAUCACAUUGUUACUGUGGUUGUGACAGUGAAGAAUAAACACACAACAGCGACUACAACUGUUGCAACUCAGGUAAUGAAAAGCAACUCCAGUGCCUCCAUACUAUCUCUUCAGUCUGCCGUCAAAGACACUGUAGAUCAACUGGAACAGCAAGGCCUGCUUUCUGGUGAGGCACUUGGACAAAUAUUCAGUUCCGUUUCGGACGUCCUGAAUUCAGAGGAUGACCGAGGUCAGAAGGACGCAAAAACAAAGCUCCGGGAACAGAUGUUGACCAAAAUGACAGAAGUUCUGCAGGACUGCCCAAGCAACACAACACAAGAAGUUCAAGUUGCAGCCGAAGCUGUGGCUGGACUAACGCUGAUGUCAGAUGAGCUCAGUCCUCUCGCUCAAGAGGAAGCUGGCUCAUUGUUGGUGAACCUCAGCUCUUACCUUUGCACCAUAACCAUCCAACCGCAUGAAAGAAGAGAUGAAGAUGUUGUGCAAGCAGCUACACCCAUAGUUGAAGCAGCCAGUAAUAUUCUAAAUGUUUCAUCAAAUAAAAAAGUCUCAGAUUUCCUUCUGGUUGGGAUUAACAAUCUUCAGAGUGCUUUGUUGAAUAAUAAGAAGUUGAAUGCAGAGCCUGCGGUCAUUGAUUCUGGUCAGAUCAGUGUAUAUGUUAAUAGAAUAUCCUCUGAAGACAUAAAGGUGCAUAACAUAGAUGUCCAGAAGGAAGGUUCCUCCAGCUUUUCCAUUCCUUCACUCCCCAUUGGCAUUCUCUCUCCGACGGAGCCGGUGGAUAUCAGGAUGAUGAGUUUUGAGAAGAAUCCAUAUGCCUGGAAAGAGGAUAACAUCACAGGAACUGUGGCCUCUCUGUCUUUCACCAGAAUGAAUGGCACAGUCAUUCCUGUAGAAAACCUACCUAAGGAAAUAGAGAUUCUUCUUCCCAGGCUCAACAUUGGGCAGCAGAACAGCACAGUCCUUGACCUCGCAAAUUUCAGCACAUUAGUGAUUGACAUACCGUCACCAGAGGUGACCCUAGUGCUCAAAAUGGAGCCUUCUGAAGACAUAUCCUUCAUGGUGUUCCUUGGAUAUAAAGAUUAUCCAAGCGAUAAGAGUCAUGUGGCCAAGACCAAGCUCCCGCUAGAGAAAACAAGUGAAGAGGAAAAAUUUACUUGGGUGCUAAGUCCCAAAGAUCGAACAGGAGGAGCUGGAGCUCAUUACCUUCUUGUAAAGCCAAUUGUUGAGCCAGGUGUCAAGUCAGUCAACGCCACAGUUGCUGUCACUUCCAUUGCUGCUCAGUGCAAAUACUGGAAUGAAACCAGGUCUUCAUGGAGUGAAGAUGGCUGCAGGGUUGGCCCCCUAACCACACCUUUGGUCACUCAGUGCCUCUGUAACCACUUAACGUUCUUCGGCAGCUCUUUCUUUGUUAUGCCCAACCUGGUGGAUGUCUCUCGCACUGCUGAACUCUUUGCAACCUUUGCUAACAAUCCGGUGGUGGUGUGCUUUGUGGGAUCGGUUUUUGUUGCUUAUCUGCUGGCGGUGGUAUGGGCACGCAGAAAAGACAUUCAGGACUCCACCAAGGUUAAGAUAACAGUUCUUGACGACAAUGACCCUCUGGCUGAAUAUCGCUACAUGCUAACUGUUAAUACAGGCCACCGUCAUGGUGCAGCCACUUCCUCUCAGGUUACCAUAACUCUGCUGGGAACAGAGGGAGAAAGUGAACCCCACCAUCUGACAGACCCCGAAAAGUCUGUCUUUGAGAGAGGAGGGGUGGACUUGUUUCUCCUGACCACACACUUUUCUCUUGGAGAUCUGCAGAGCAUAAGACUCUGGCACGACAACUCAGGAGAUCACCCUGCAUGGUAUGUGAAUAAAGUGAUGGUGCAGGAUCUAGAAACUGGUCAGAAAUGGCACUUUCUGUGUAACUCCUGGCUUGCUGUAGAUAUGGCUGAGUGCUGCCUUGACAAGGUCUUUCCUGUGGCUACAGAGUCAGAUUUAAAGAGAUUUAGUAACUUGUUUUUUAUGAAGACUGCCAAGGAUUUUCAAGAUGGUCACAUCUGGUUCUCGGUCAUUAGCCGACCUCCCUGCAGCACUUUCACACGUGUGCAGCGAGUGUCCUGCUGUUUCUCCCUUUUGCUUUGCACCAUGCUGACAAGCAUUAUGUUUUGGGGCAUCCCUACAGACCCGUCUGAGCAAACCAUGGAUUUAGGCCACAUCGAGUUUACCUGGCAGCAGGUCAUGGUUGGAAUUCAAAGUUCCAUCAUCAUGUUCCCCAUCAAUCUCCUUAUUGUCAGCAUCUUCAGAAACACUCGUCCAAAAGAGAGAAGUGCCAAAGCAGAUGGGUCAAAACAAGGAAACACUGUUAGAGUUUCUCCCUCACAGACUUCAUCUCCUCAAACAGAGAUAAAGCAUAUCACUCCAGACACUGUGAUCAAGGACAUAAAGAGAAUAACGCAGUCGCUCUCAAAGACCAUGAAAAGUCCAUUGCCAAAUUUUGAUCUUGAUCCAGGCCAGCAUGUAGACAUCAACAUACUGCUGUCUCUGGUGGAGGAUAUCAUCAAAUGUCAGAACAAUGCAACAGGAGACUUCUACUCCAGCAGUUUCAAGAAAGACAGCAACAUGACUCUGAGUUUGGGUGCCGUCAAUCUACAAGAAAACGGUUUGUGGGGAAGCCCGGAAAAGACAUUCGACGAAACUCAAAAGAAGACAAACAACAGUCGGUACCUGUACAAGCAACUGCAUCAUGUGGAAAAGGAGCUUCGUCUGAUAGGACCCUCUCAAUUUCCAAACACCAGCAGCUACAACAGAGCCAUGCAGCAAGUUCAGGGAAUGAAGAGUCACUUGGAGUCUCUGCUGGAUGGAGACCAGCUGAACCGCAGCCCCAGUCCUGACGAAAGUAUUAGCAGCGGCCCUGGAAAGAAGUGCUGCCAGGGUGGCCUUCCAUGGUGGUUUGUGUUUGUGGGGUGGAUACUGGUGAUUGCAACCAGUGCCGUGUCAGGAUACUUUACUAUGAUGUAUGGGCUGACCUAUGGGAAGGACCAGUCUAUAAACUGGCUUAUCUCCAUGGUGGUGUCCUUCUUUGAGAGUCUCUUUAUCACCCAACCUCUGAAGGUUCUUGGGUUUGCUGCUUUCUUUGCUCUUGUUCUAAAGAAAGUUGACCAGGAGGAAAAAUCAGAAUAUAUUUGUAAGCUCUAUGAAAAUUCUCCCUCAGAUGAUCCUGAUGUGGUGCUUGUAGCUAGAAGAGACAGCACAUGCAGUUUCUACCAGCCACCGCCUCCUACAGACAUCGAGAGGAUGAGGAAAAAUGUAAUUAAAGAGCAGAAAGUCUUCUGCCUCAUCAGGGAGAUUCUUGCUUACAUGGGAUUCAUGUGGGUCCUUCUUCUGGUCGCAUACGGUCAGAGGGACCCUAAUGCCUUUUUUUUGAACCGACACAUUCGACAAAGCUUCAGUAAAAGAAUCUCCAACACCAUGAGCAUUCGGGACGUGUUCGACUGGGCAAACACAACUUUACUGAGAAACCUUUAUGGAGAUUACCCAGGCUUUAUUACAGAUGGAAAUUCAAAGCUUGUGGGUAGCGCUCGUCUCCGCCAGGUGAGAGUGCAGAAAAACUCAUGCCACGUUGCCAGCACCAUGCAGGAGUCUGUUCCAGACUGUCACACUUCUUACUCUUGGGAUUCUGAGGACGUCGGCUCUUACGAUCCUGGCUGGAGUCCUAAUGUGGUAAAAAACACAUCCCUGAACCCCCACAACCCGUGGAUGUACAGAUCUCAGAGCGAGCUGAGGGGUUUUCCCAUCUGGGGCAGCGUAAUGCACUACAGAGGAGGCGGCUUUGUCAUGGAUCUGGGCCCAGACUUACAAAAGUCAAGGAGAAUCCUUCAGUACCUUUAUGACAAAACUUGGUUAGAUGUGUACACCCAAGCCAUCUUCGCUGAGUUCACGGUGUACAAUGCAAAUGUGAACCUCUUCUGCAUUGUUUCACUCAUGCUGGAAACCACAGCCACUGGCGCUUUCCAGUUCCGCAGCGAGCUUCACAGUGUCCGUCUUUACCAGUCCGCUGGGGGCCUCCACAUCUUUGUCAUGGCCUCUGAAAUCAUUUACUUUCUGUUCAUUAUUUACUACAUGUUUGUUCAGGGAAAAUUAAUUAGGAGCCAGAAAUGGGAUUAUUUCAAGAGGAAGUGGAAUCUGUUGGAGUUGGCAAUCAUUAUCCUCAGCUGGAGUGCGCUGUCUGUUUUCAUCAAAAGGACUAUACUUGGAAAGAGGGAUAUAAGCUUUUAUCAGAACAACAAACAGCAAUUUGCCAGUUUCCAUGAGACUGCUCAGGCAGACACAGUGCUUGGGUAUCUGAUUGCCUUUCUGGUUCUGCUGGCUACAGUCAAACUGUGGCACCUGCUGAGACUCAACCCCAAGCUGCACAUGAUCACGGCCACACUGCAGCGUGCUUGGACUGAUAUUUCAGGCUUCCUGGUGGUCAUGACCAUCAUGUUCAUGGCUUACUCGAUUACUUCUAACGUGAUGUACGGGUGGAAACUGUACUCCUACAGGACUCUGCUUGAUGCUGCACAAACUAUUAUCAGCUUGCAGCUUGGCAUCUUUAACUACGAAGAGGUUCUAAACUACAAUCCAGUCCUUGGGGCUUUCCUUAUUGGAUCCUGCAUUGUAUUCAUGACCUUUGUUGUGCUGAAUCUCUUUAUAUCUGUUAUUCUUGUGGCAUUCAGUCAAGAACAGAUCCAUCACAAGCCAUCAGAAGAGGAGGAGAUUGUUGACCUGAUGUUGAUCAAGUUCUGCAACCUGUUUGGACUCAAAUGUCAGAAGCAAGUGGUUACCUAGCUGGUAUUAUUGUGAGGAUAAAGGACGCCAUGUUGUCUGAAGUGUAACAUCAUAAAAUUAAACAGAUGCGAUUUUUUUUAGUUACGGCUGCUGUAACCUGUCCUGCUGCCAAUCGACAUUUCUGUGUUUUUCACUUCUUACAAGUACAUUGGCUGUGUCUUUCUCUAAGGCUACAAAUAUAUUUGUAUGUGUUAUCAGAUAUAGGUAAUGUUUUUUGCCAUGAAAUUCUAAUAGUCUUAGAAUAAUCUGUUUCUUAUGUCUUUUACUCAAACUGAAAGACGCUGCUUGUACAUGUUAAAUAAUGAGCUAUGGAAGCAUCAUCCUCUGUUUAGUCAUUUGUGCUUUGAACACCAACUUAGCAAUUUAAGGUGAUGACAAAAACAACCAUAGGUAAUAGAAAUGUUUUAUUUAUUUUUCGCAUGAGCAUAUAAAGGUUGGAAGAAAAUAUCCUCCAUCCCACUCCAUCUUACUUUAGGUUAUGCUUUUUUUUUUUACUUUUAUUCAAUGAAAUAUUUCACUCCAUGUAUACAGUCAAAAUACAGAGUAGUAUGCCAUUUGAUCUGGAGCCUAUAAGCCAUCUAAGU